UCAAGAUGCAUCUUAUAAAUUAGUCCAUUUGGAACAAACAAUAACUCAUCUCUUACAGAGCCAUAGAAUUAAAGAGCUUCAUCAUCUCAACCUAUGGAGGUACUAAACAGCAGUCGAGUAGUUGGAAUUCCACUCAAGAAUCUCCAACAUGCUUCUUCGACCGAUCACAGAAGACUAACUCUCCAUUCGGCAUCAUGUGGCCGUUCGGGAUACAAACCAAGACAUUCUGAUUUGGUGGCCAAUUGGAUGAACAAGUUCAGCAAGAAGGCAGAAAACAUUCGCGACCACGUGAAUUUAGGAACCAACUUUUCAGAAACUCUGAAGGGAAAGUUCAACCUGGGGGCUAAGAUUUUUCAAGCCGGAGGUCUUGAGAGAAUCUUUAGGAAAAAUUUCUGCAUCGAAAAGGGAGAGAAGUUGUCGAAGGCCUUCCAGUGCUAUUUGUACACCACUGCUGGUCCUAUUGCAGGGUUGCUAUUCAUCUCAAACAAGAAGAUAGCAUUCCAUAGUGACAGAUCCCUCAAGCUCACUUCUCCAAAGGGAAACUUGACCAGAGUGCCCUACAAGGUUUUGAUCCCAGUUGGGAGCAUCAAGAGAGCCAUACAAAGUGAGAACACUGAGAAGCCAAGUCAAAAGUACAUCCAAAUAGUUACAGUAGAUGACUUUGAGUUCUGGUUCAUGGGGUUCUUGAGCUACAAGAGAUCUUUCAAGCACUUGAAACAAGCAAUUUCAGAUUCUCAAGUUGGGAUUUUGCAGUUGACUCAGUGAUCAAAUUGUCUGAAAUUGUAUCUCGGAUCCCUUUUUCUUUUUUUUGAGUGGGAGGUGGAAGUCUUUAUGGGACUGAACAGCCUUCCUUCAUCUCAUUUUGUAUAAAUAGAUGUAGUGGACUGUUAUUUCACUCUUUCUGUGAACAAAGCAAUUCAUGACAUGGAAGCAUGAAUUUG